UGCAAUCAGUAUGGGUCUGUUCGAGAUGACUGCGAACAGAUGACUGGGCGAUGUGUCUGCAAGCAAGGCAUCAAGGGAAUGAAGUGUGACGUCUGUCCGGCAGGAACUGUCCUUGGACCAGAAGGAUGCAUGGAUGUGUCAAUUUCCAAGGCUGUGUCUGGAUCCUGUUCUGAUCUGAGAUGUAUCCACGGUGCAACAUGUCAAGAAAAGGAUGGCCUCGCUCAAUGCACCUGUGACUUUCAGUGCGCUAACGCUGACAAUAAGGAAACUGUAUGUGGCACUGAUGGCACUACAUAUGGAUCAGAAUGCCAGCUACGGUUAUUCAGUUGCAGGUACCAAAAGUCCAUAAGCGUUGCUAGUAACGGAGCUUGUAAAAGAGGUGGUCAAUCAACCCAUUUAGUUCCUACUCCUGGUCCCGUCCGCAGAUCGACAGUUCAAAGAAUGGCAGCAGCUGACCAUUCAGAAACCAAAUCAACAAGAGACAUCACCCUUAGUAGACCAGACAGUUAUCAGCUGACAACUAGGCCGACGGUUGCUACUCCUGUUGCUCUAGAAAAUUUUAUUGAAACUCCGUCUUUUUACGGCCGUUCCUAUUUGGAACUCCCUCGACUUCAAGCCUACACACGUCUUUCCUUAGAACUGGAAUUCCGAACAUUUGCAAAAGAUGGAAUAUUACUCUAUAACGGGCAGACAGCCACUGGAACAGGGGAUUUUGUAUCUCUGGCAAUCAGAGAUGGCUUUGUUGAAUUCAGGUAA